CGCAAAUGGUCAUAAAUAUAUCUUUCCUCCAACCUUGGGGAGCUUCUAUAUAUUAUUAUUAAUUCUUUUGUUAAUUAGCCUCGUCAUUUUCACCACCACCCCAUAUAAUUCUUCCCCUACUGGCUUAAUUUCUUAUACCAUGUGCCUCCUCGAAUCUUUAUAAACUGGUCCUUUUCCUUCACACCAACCAAAGCAUUUUCUUUUAGUUCCCUUCACUAGCUAGCUCUUCUUCUUCUUCUUCUUCUUUCCCGAGUCAUAACCAUGUCUAAACUUAUGGUUUUAAGCCUUGUACUCUCUGCUUUUUCGGGCUUCAACAUCAUUAAUCUUUCAGCAGCAGAGUUCCAGCGAUUUCAACAUGCAGCCAAAGGUGAUGGGUCUCUUAGCCUCUUGGUUGUUGGAGACUGGGGAAGAAGAGGAGCUUAUAACCAAUCUCACGUUGCUCUUCAGAUGGGAAUAAUCGGAGAGAAAUUGGACAUCGAUCUUAUAAUCUCCACAGGAGAUAAUUUUUAUGAUAAUGGAUUGAAGGGUGUGGAUGAUCCAGCAUUUUAUGAAUCUUUCACCAAAAUAUACACAGCACCCAGCUUGCAGAAGCAAUGGUAUAGUGUUUUAGGUAACCAUGACUAUAGGGGUGAUGUUGAGUCGCAGCUGAGUCCUAUCCUUAGAGAAAUGGAUAGCAAAUGGCUUUGCUUGAGAUCUUUUAUCGUUAACACUGAAAUAGCUGAUUUUUUCUUCGUGGACACCACUCCUUUCGUGGAUAAAUACUUCAAAGAAAAAGACCAUAACUAUGAUUGGAGUGGCAUAAUACCUCGACAAAAUUACCUUUUAAAUGUCCUAAAGGAUUUGGAUAAGUCCUUGAAAGAAUCCACAUCAAAAUGGAAGAUUGUGGUAGGCCACCAUACAAUCAAAAGUGCUGGACACCAUGGAAACACGCAAGAGCUUAACUCACAACUACUCCCAAUCAUGCUGGAAAAUAAUGUUGAUCUUUACAUAAAUGGGCACGACCAUUGCUUGGAGCACAUAAGCAGCAGUGAAAGUCCACUUCAAUUUUUAACGAGUGGUGGAGGCUCAAAGGCUUGGAGAGGAGAUGUUGAUUGGUGGAAUCCAAAGGAGAUGAAGUUUUAUUAUGAUGGUCAGGGUUUCAUGUCAGUUCAGAUCACUCAAACUCAAGUGGAUAUUGUGUUCUAUGAUGUUUCUGGCCACAUUUUGCACAAAUGGAGCAGGAAUAAACAGCUUUACUCUAUUGUUUAGACGUGUUAUUUUGCUUCAAGCAACAACAAGAAGAAGAAGUUGGGAUUCUGGAUAUAUAUGUAUUGAGGAAGGGAUUGUCAUCUUGUAAUCUUCUUCUUAUUGUUAUCUUGUAGUCUUCUUCUUCUUCCCCCCUUUUUUUUAAAGAAUAGUUAUCUUGGUAUUUAAUGAAAAUGGGUCUGAAUUAGCA